UUUAUAUCACUACCUUCAACAUUUGCAUUUCUAACUACUUUCUUAAUAACCGUCGUUUUAACUUCGUCACCGCCAAAAAACCCUCAAAACGCAAGCUCGCUAAAAUGCAAGCCGUUUCGGUUUUACCUUUGUCGUCUAACUUUAGGGAUUCUUCCGACGAGUUCGCUGAGUCUUCUGGAAAGUUCGAACACGAUUUCAUGGCCAAGCUCAAAAUCGAAGAACGCGAAAACAAAGAGAAGCGUAACGAAGAUGAUGUAGAAGCGGAAGAGAAUGAAGAAGAGGAAUCGGAAGAAGAAGAAGAGUUUAGCUUCGUGCUCGCGAAUCCCGACGGCUCGCUGAUCUCCGCCGACGACGCCUUCGACAACGGCCAGAUUCGUCCGAUUUUUCCGAUUUUCAACCAGGAUCUUCUGUUCUCCGACGAGUACGACGGCGGCGCGCCGAUCCAGGUCUUCGUCGAGCAUCAGGACGAUGCUCCGUCGCCGUCGGCGACGGAGCCAGCGGCGGAGGGACCGUACUGCGAGUGGACUCCGAAAUCGGCGGUGAAGAGCAACUCCACGGGAUUCUCGAAGCUGUGGAGGUUCCGUGACGUGAAGCUGCGGAGCAGCAGCGACGGAAAGGACGCGUUCGUUUUCCUGAGCAACGCGCCGGGGGCGAAGGCGGAGAAGGCGCGAAACGUGGUGGUGAAGAAGGUUGAGAUGCGGAAGGGGAAAACGGCGUUGUCGUCGGCGCACGAGAAGCAUUACGUUAUGAACAGAGCGAGGAAAGAGAGCGAUAAACGCAAGUCGUAUUUGCCGUAUCGGCAAGAUCUGUUCGGAUUCUUCGCCAACUCCAACGGAUUGAGCAGGAACGUUCAUCCUUAUUGAGACCUUUUUUGUUCAUCAAAUUCGAUUUGAUUCAAAAAAAUUAUUUAUUCGUAUGUAAAUAAAUAAACGUUUGUAAUUCACCGACUUAAUUAGAGAAUUAAUUAUCACUUGCUUUCGUAUAAUUUUUGUACAUGGAGAUAAUUAGGCAGAGAAGAAUGUUGUAUAAAAAUAUUUGAAUGUUUUGAUGGUAAUUAAUUGUUUAAAUUUGUGGAGCCA